CGCCCAGCUGACCAGUCUCCCUUCGCUCGCUCCAGCCCCGGCGCGCAGGGCCCGGCCGCCGCCAUGGCCCGCCCGUUAGAGCUCUCGGUGCAGGAUCUCAACGACCUGCUGUCGGACGGCAGCGGCUGCUACAGCCUCCCGAGCCAGCCCUGCAACGAGGUCAUCCCGAGGAUCUACGUGGGCAACGCGUCUGUGGCUCAGGACAUCUCUCAACUGCAAAAACUGGGCAUCACCCAUGUCCUGAAUGCUGCCGAGGGCAGGUCCUUCAUGCACGUCAACACCAAUGCCAACUUUUACAAGGACUCUGGCAUCACUUACCUGGGCAUCAAGGCCAAUGACACACAAGAGUUCAACCUCAGCGCCUACUUUGAAAGGGCUGCAGACUUCAUUGACCAGGCCUUGGCGUACAACAAUGGCCGGGUGCUUGUCCACUGCCGUGAGGGAUAUAGCCGCUCCCCAACGCUAGUCAUUGCGUACCUCAUGAUGCGUCAGAAAAUGGAUGUCAAGUCUGCCCUGAGCAUCGUGAGGCAGAACCGUGAGAUCGGCCCCAAUGACGGUUUCCUGGCCCAGCUCUGCCAGCUCAAUGACAGACUAGCCAAGGAGGGGAAGUUGAAACUCUAGUGCACCCACAGCCUCUUCUCCAGAGGUCUGACCAGGAGGCCCUGGCCACCAUGUUUAGAAAACACAGUGUACCCUGCUCCCAGUGUCACAAGGCACUUGCCCACAUUUCUGUUCCAACACUGCCCUGGACCCCUCACCCUUAGGGAGCAUAUAAAGAAGCUUGCUGAGGAGGGCAUUCUUGCUCCCUGGUUGUCCUUUCCUCUAAUGUCUGUCCUCUCCCUGAGGUGGGGGCUUCAAGGGGAGGCCUGUAGCAUACAUGCUUCUCCAUGGUCCCCGGACAGGAAGGCCUGUGGGUGUGUAAGGCCUGAGACUCUCAAGGACACUCCUCAUGACCUCCCUCCCAGGAACACCUGGGUUCUUCCUGAGUGGAGACCUCGGUGCCUUGAACCUGGUAAAGGAACUAUGCAAACACAGGCCCUGUUUGCCCCACACCUGUCACCUCAUCCUCAUAGCCUCCCGCACCCUGCUUUUGGGCAGAGGUGCACUGUGAGUUCUGAAGUAGAGCGGGGAGAUGGGUUAUCUGUGGAUGAAAUUUCCAUGAAGAGGCUGCAUUUUAAUUAUUUCCUUAGAAUUAAAGACACCACACUAAGAGGCCCUUAGGUGGGCAAACAUGUUUUCCCGGAGGGCUGUCCUAAUUCUAUAGAAUGUUUAAAAUGUGCCUCUUUGGAGCUUGUGUUCCAAAUUUGCUGCUUUGGAGCCUUUCCCCUUGGAUGGCUCUGUCCCUUUGCUUGUUAGAAGAGUGAUGCCUUGGGCAGGGUUUUAGUUUUCUUUUUUAGAAAACAGGGUGUUGAGGCCCAGCCUAUUUAAAACUCUACCAAUUGGAGAAUUACAACGGUUUCACCCUGAAUUAUAGUGUUGGCGAGCCCAAGGCACUUGUGCUAACUGCUUUUUGCUAUUCUAAGAACAGAAGGAGGAAGUUAGCUAAUUACAGCCCAUGUACGUGGGUGUGUCAUGGGGGUGUGCCUGUCCACAGGAGGCCAAAGGACAGCAGGGAAAUGAAGGGUCCUUGCAUUUAUCCUGCUUGUUGAUGGGUGGCUCUGAUGGCCCCUUGGAGCUGGUACAAGAGCCCUGGAGGGACUUGCAGGGCAGAAAUGAGAUGUAGUGUAGCAUCUGGAUGAAUCCAUCCUUUAUUGGGGAGAGAACAAACAAAAAGAAAUGACCUUUUAAGGACUUUUGGAAGAUGGUGAUGAAACACAGUAGAUCUCAUGUGUGUGCACAUUUGCCACAAAUUGAACACUGUCUUCUUGGGCCUUUAUGCUCUUGUUAUUUUGGAAAGUCAUGUGAUGUUGUGUAUCUUCAAGGUCUGGAAGGGCAGAGUGGUGACACUCAGCCACCACCCUGAUACCUAGCACAUAGGCAUCUCCUAAAUGUCUGUUUCAUGAGAAUUGAACUGUUUGAGUACCCUGUGUAUACAGGAUGUUGUUCCAGUAGGGGAACUAGAUCCCAACAGCCUCCAUUCCUGUAGGAUCUCUUGCAGGGAUUUGCAAAGAAGUCUUACUUGAAAGAAAUAUCAGGGAUUUCUGUUGAAUGUUUAAAAUGUAGCUUUAAAUUAAAAACCCAGCAGUGUUAAUGGGUCAAGGUGAGGGAUGUGCCUUUUUCAGAGCUGUUGAGGCAAAGACAAGAAGCAAGUGCGUCUUAGGGCAUCACUAUAGGGGGUCAAGAUCAGUGCUCACAGCUGGAGCAGAGCUGUGCAGCCAGGAUGCUUGCUGUCUCCUGUUCUCUGUGACCACAGCAGCGCUGAGCAAGUAGGAGAACCUGCCAUCUUUUCCAGAGUGAAAUGGCCAUAGCUGAACUGUGUGCCUCACUGCACAGUUUUCAAGUGGCUUUCUUGCUUGAUCUAACUUGCUACUAACAAUAAAUAGUUGACAGAGCUUA